AUAGUGAAAGUUCUUCUGUCCAUAAAUAGGAGGCAGGCGCACCCUCACACAGCCUUCCACACUCACAUUUCCAGACCCCUGCACACUCCACAUUUCAACUCCCAGCCAAUCUCAGCCUCACGCAGCCUCCUGCAGAAGCUCAGAAACUCACUCACACGCACACUCUCGCUGUCAGUCAGCCUUUGUUCACCCUCCAUGGCAUCCCAUGCAGCCGCACUACUGGCCAUCAGCCUGCUGGUCCUGUGGGCCUCCCCAGGGUCCCUAUGUUCUAACACCACCUUCUUUGGCCUACGGCCACCCAGCUCAGGGUGGUGCCAACGAUGCAGAAGACUGCUGCCUGUCUGUGGCCCUGCACCCUAUUCCUGGGAAUAUCGUGCGAGCCUUUCGACACCUCCACAUCCAGGAUGGCUGCAGAGUGCCCGCCGUUGUGUUCACCACAAAGAGAGGUCGCAAGCUUUGCGCACCGCCAGACCAGCCCUGGGUGGACCGCAUCAUCCGGAGACUAGAGAAGAAAGCUGCCAAGAACAAGCGCCACAGCAGUUAGCCCCUGGCAGCCGCCAAGGGAGCCCUGUGUCUGAGUGAAGGGCUGUGAAUACUGCCACCCUGGGGACCCAAGGACCAGAAGAGAGUACCAGACCAUCAGCUCCUCUGCACCAGACCUGACAACGCCGGGCAGGGCCUGGAGUGUCUGUGAGUGUGAGUGUGAGUGUGAGGGUAUGAGUGUGAGAGGGUGAGUGGCAGGAGCACAGUUUCUCCACACCCAGACUACAAUGCUUCCAAUAAAGCCCACUGGUACCCACA